AAUAGUUCCAAGAUGUCUUAUACAGAAGAUGAACAAGUCGUGGGGUCGUUUCCGAAAGGGUUUGGUUAUGGACCAGAAGAAACAGAUUCAGAUAUUGGAGCCAGUGGAGGAGAAGAGAAACCGAGAAUAUUGUUAAUGGGACUCCGAAGGAGUGGUAAAUCUUCAAUUCAAAAAGUCGUCUUUCAUAAAGUAUCACCAAAUGAAACUUUAUUUUUAGAGAGUACCAAUAAAAUCGUUAAAGACGAUGUAUCCAACAGUUCAUUUGUUCGCUUCCAAAUCUGGGACUUACCUGGUCAUAUAGAUUUCUUUGAUCCAACUUUUGAUUCUGAAAAUAUAUUUGGAGGCUGUGGGGCUUUAAUAUUUGUCAUUGAUGCUCAGGAUGACUAUAUGGAUGCCCUAGUAAGACUUCACCAUACAGUAGAAAGAGCACAUAAAAUUAACUCCCAGAUCAAGUUUGAGAUAUUCAUACAUAAAGUAGAUGGUUUACUCGAUGACCAUAAAAUAGAAACACAAAGAGACAUUCAUCAGAGAGCCUGUGAUGAUUUAGAAGAUGCAGGUUUAGAAAAAGUUAAUUUAAGUUUUCAUCUAACAAGUAUAUAUGAUCAUUCAAUAUUUGAAGCAUUCAGUAAAGUGGUACAGAAAUUGAUACCCCAGUUACCCAUUCUAGAAAAUUUACUCAAUAUUCUCAUAUCUAAUUCUGGGAUAGAGAAAGCGUUUCUAUUUGAUGUAGUGAGUAAAAUCUAUAUAGCUACUGAUAGUUCACCGGUAGAUAUGCAGUGUUAUGAACUGUGCUGUGAUAUGAUAGAUGUAGUUAUAGAUAUUUCCUGUAUAUAUGGAAGUCGUGAUGACGGGGCGUUCGAUGACCAAUCAGCAGCCAUUAUUAAACUUAACACAAAUACUGUAUUAUAUCUUCGUGAGGUCAAUAAAUAUCUAGCGUUAGUUUGUAUUUUACGUGAAGACAAUUAUAACAAACAAGGUUUAAUAGACUACAAUUUUCAUUGCUUUAGAAAAUCCAUUCAAGAGGUGUUUGAAGUCCAACAGAAUAAAACCGGUGAAAGUUUAGUGGCUAAUGGAACUGUCAGAUCUCACAAGACUUAGUACUUCCAGGAUUUUCAGUGAAAUCAGACAAAAUUUCAAUCCCAAUUCCUCGUAUGUUUUACAAAAAAUCUUGUGAUCAAAGUUGGCUGAUGUUUGAAUAUUUACGCCUCAAAAAUUGAAGUAUUUUACCUAUUUAUGUGUAAAAAUUUAGACGUUAAGAUACCCUAACACCAUAGUGAUUACCAGUUGUGUAUGGUUGUGAAUAAUGAAAGUGGUCAUGAGUAUCGAAUGCAACACACAAGUCAGUUACGGUCGAAUCUUGGUUGAUUCGUAAUCAUACACAGCUGGUGAUCUCUAUGGUGUAAUGGGUCAGAGGAUAAUUUUGUUGCAAGAUUUUUUAUGAAAAGGGAUCUAGUGUAUGACUGUGUAUGUGGAUUCUGUUGUAUUAACUGUUCAUGUCUGGCUACGUAAAGAAAUGUUCAAUAGUUAAUAUGGUGCUUAAGCCUUGUUAUUUUAAAUGCCAGUUCAGUUUGACAGUGGAACAUAGAUCAUCCGCUUCAAAUAAAAUCGUGCGGUUUAACGCAAAUUCUCGUAGCUGAAACAUGCCAUGUUUUAACUAGAGUUGUUUCCCUUUUGUCAUGUAUUUGCGCUUGUUGCACUCCCAACAUUUGCACAUUUAAAUGCUUUAAGUUCAUAGAAAUGCAUAAUAUAGUUAUUUUUUACCACAGUGAUGGCUUUUACAUGCUAGUUUGUAAAAAAAUGUUGCCAAAAUAUGUCGCCCAUUUGAUUCUUUCCUAAAUUUUCACCACAUUUUUUCUAAACUAGAUUGAAUUGAGUAUUUGAUAAAGUAGCUCUAAUACCCUGGUUCCCAACCUGGGGUGUUUUCACCCCCUGGGGGUGUGGGACUAGGGUUUCAGGGGUGUGGUCAUCUGGUGUAGAAGAAAUUGAGAGAGCACCUCACAUCAUCACAUGCUGAAAAUGUGGAUGAAACAAAUUUUUGGGGGUGUGAAAGGUCCAGGUGAUUACUCCAGGGGUGUGAAGGCUGAUAUAGGUUGGGAACCACUGCUCUAAUUGAGUAUUAAUCUAUAACUGUGAGAGAUUGCUAAUUAAAGUGAACAGUUUGUGUUGAAAGUUGUCCCCUAUGUGCACCAAUAUUUUUGUCCUACUGUAUAUUAUUCUGUGUAAAUUUUGUAUAAAGUAAAAUUUGUUAUAUGUAAAUACUAUUUAUAAUAUAAAGACUCCAAAAAUUC